AUGGAUGCCUUGCUUGACGAGAUCGAGUCCCUGGAGGCAAUUCUGAUGGAGGACGUUCACAUCACGAAAACUGCCAGUGGUUUUCCGGAGAUGAUUGAAACGACCGUCUUCCCGACCGUCGGUGAGGAGGUCGAUUCGCAGUACGUUUGCAUCACGCUGCAGGUGAUGCCAUCGGUUGGCUAUCCGGAUGUGCGACCGAAUGUGAAGCUGAGGAAUCCUCGUGGUCUGGAUGACAACAUCAUCGGGCAAAUUGACCGGGCCGUGCAGGCAAAGUUGGCCGAAUCCAUCGGCCAACCGGUCGUGUUCGAUUUGAUCGACAUCAUCCGGGAGCAGCUGACGGAGAGCAACCUGCCGUCGGGCCAGUGCGUCAUCUGCCUGUACGGGUUCCUCGAGGGGGACGAAUUCACGAAAACCGUGUGCUUCCACUACCUGCACAGCCACUGCUUGGCGUGUCACAUCAAUGCGUCGAAGCGCAACUACGAGGAGGAGCUCGACAAGCUGCCCAUCUGGAAGCGCAAGGAGACGAAAGCGUUCCAGGCGCAAUGUCCCGUCUGCCGGGAACCGAUCGACGUCGAGGUGGAACCGCUGAUGCGCUGCCGUCCACCGACGGAACGCGAGAAUGCCCCCAAGUUCCGGGUGACGGAUGCGCUCAAGUCGCUGCAGGCACAAAUGACCCGACUGUUUAUGCACCAGAAGAGCCGCGGUGGCAUCAUCGAUCUGGACGCCGACGAGGGCAACGUGAUAGCUAUUGAGACGGAACCCGCUAACGGCGAGAUCUCCAAAAGCACAAACGACAUUGCGAAUGGUCCUGGUGGGGCGGUGAUUCCGGACGGGAAGCCACAUAAUCACGCCCCGGUUGGGAGCAAGAAGCAUGGCUCGAACGCACAACAGCAGCAGGCGGCCAAAGGCUCGUCAAGCUCGAAGGGUUCGACCCAGAACGGGCGCCAUCGUAACACGCAAACUGCCAAUGCUAACACGCUAACGAAUGGCACGGAUGCUAGCGAGGAUCCGGACGCCUGUUCCGAUCCGUGUUGCUCCGGACGUGAUGAUCACCGUGGUGGUGGAGGACAUCGUAACCGGCGGCACAAUAAUCACCAUCACGGACGGCAUCAGCGGCAUCAUCAUCACCAUCAUCAUCAUCAUCAUCAUCACCAUCAGCACGCGCAGGGACGUGGAUCGAAUGGGGGUGCUGGUGCGGGCACGUCGAGCGGUGCCGGUGGUGCGGCCAAAAAUUUAUCGAGUCCCUGCGCAUCGGAUGCCAGGUGA